AUGUCGCUCUUUGAUCUACCCAACGAGUUAUUGUACCAAAUCAUCUCGAAUGUCGAAAGCGAAAUUGAUCUAUCCUCCCUGCUCCAGGGCUACUCGGACCUCGAAGCCAUGAUCUUGCCUCGUCUUCACCAGCUCAUUGCCGAGAAGUACGAACACCUUCAUCUAGAGCACUGUGCUGCGCAUCGAAUGGCAGAAUGCAUGCGGUACAGUUUGAAGAUCAAUGAAGGAUUUGGUAGCACCCAUCCUUAUAGUGUUGGCAAUGCGUUGUGCUGCGCAGCUAUGAUAGGUCGCAAUGAUAUGGUUCAAAUACAUCAAUGA